UAGAAGAAAAGAAGGAAAUUACUAAAAAAAAAUUGAGUUUGGGCUUUUUCCAUCUCCAUGCUUUGGGUCAGCUAGGUAACCAGGAGUGAGCAGGUGUUUUUCUUCAAAUUCAAGGGGAUUUUAGCAAGAAUUAAGUGUUUUUAAUCCAGCUAAGCUUCCCCCCUCUUAGUUUCUUGAAUUUCAAGCUUGAAGGUUGGGAUUUUAUGAUUAAUUUUGAGGUUAGAGUUGUAUGAACUGUUUUGGAUUGUUUGAGUUUUCUAAGGUUUAUGUUGGAUUAAUUAAGUGAAUUUAAGCUGAAUUGGAUGCUUGUUGUUGUGUGUGAACAAAAUUUGCUCAAAUUUUGCUAUCUCAUGGUGUUUUGUGUUUUUGAGACUAUUGUUCAGUUCUUUUGCAUGGAUUAUGUUAUUUUUGAUAAGUAUAGGUGGUCUGGAAAGUUACGUGUGAUUUGGGAUAUAAUUAAGGUAUUUUUGGGGAUUUUUGUGGUACUGUACUGUACUAAUCGACCGGUUCAGUUUGAUACUGUAGAGACGUAGAACCGGUCUACCGGUUUCUAAGCAGACCCCACAGAAUAAGUUUUUCAAUUGAGAACCGGUCUACGCAGUUUAGGGCAACCUUAAUUUUUAUGUUUUUACGAUAUUUAUGGUAUUGCCAUAUUAUUCUUUCUUCUUUCUUUUCUUUGUAGCUGGCCGUAGUGUCUGGUGAAAGAUCAUCUAAUUGCAAAAGAAUCUGUUGAACAAACUAAUUAACUAUAUACAUUAAUUUAUCAUGAUAUAAUAUUAUAUAUAGUGGCAUCUUUUUGUUGUUAGUAUUGUAUUAAUUGUGUAUUGUAUUUACUAUAUAUAUUACUUAGUUGUGGGUGUAUAUUACGUAUAUGAAAUAGAUAUAAUUAGGGUCAACGGAAUUAUGCUACAUAUUAUUUAUAUAUAGUCCAACGAAACACUGCUGGUGAAUAUAAUUACCCAACUAGAUAAUAUAUAUAUAUAUAUAUAUUUAUAUAAUAUGUAUAUAUAAAUGACAAAAAAAGCAUGAAGUUGGAGGACAAAUGAUGGCGUAACAUAAUUAAACUUAAUGUAAGUAGCAUAUAAAUUAAAGUAAUAUAUAUAACGAAAAAUCACACUUGUAUGCGUUUGGAUUUAACAUAAAGAGAAGUCGAUAUGGAUAUAUAUGGUAGUCCUGGGCAGAGACUGAUAAUAUAAACAAAGUUCUGGGGAUAAUUAGUGCUAAUAUAUAUCUGAUCAGAAAAGAAAAAAGAUGGAAUUGAAUUAUUUUUGGAAGAGUAAUAAGGAGAAACAACAGACCAUCCCUUGGCAUUCCCUCUUCAAAGAGAUUGCCAAGGGAAAACUACAAGCAAAUGAACUUUCAAAAUGGGUGCAAAUUCCUUAUCGGCAUAAAAGCUAGGGUUUCGACAAAGAUCAAGAGGAGAUGAGUGAACAGGCGGCCGAAGAAAAAAAUAUUAAUACAACAAAUCUUUUGUAUGCCAAAGUUGUCGGAAUCUGGUUGUUUUUAUCCGGCAACUUCAAUAGACAGCACAAAGUCAACCACACCAUACAGUCAACGCCGGAGCAACGUCAAACUGUAGUUAAUGAUGAUAAUCCAGAUCAGGUUACCAUCGAGCUAGGGUUUCCCUCCUCUGUUCAAUCAAGUACUUCUCCACCACCGCCGUCGCCGCCGCCACCUCCGCCGUCUCCGGAGACCGAGCCAGCCACCACAUCCUCAUCAUCAAGGUCUCUGUUAGGGUCUUCAUCAAAUUAUAUACCCUACUUUCCUUUCUCCAACAGAUUAAACAGCUUUGAUGGCGAAUCAAGUGUUGUUUCAGUCGACUCCGAAAUCAUGACCCAACCUUCAACUUCAACUUCUUCUCCUUCUUCUUCUUCUCGUUCUAUUUUUUCAGGUACAACAGGUAGAAAGAACUCUAAUCAUCACAGUUACACAAUGGCAAAAGAUUCAAAUGGAAAUGGAAAGAAGGAGGAGGAAGAAGAAGAAUCAGCUAGGGCAACAUUUUUAAAUCAAGAGUUACCUAAGUUUAUGUUAGGCAUUGCUGUUACACUUUUGAUUGGUCUUAUGAUGUUACACUUUAGUCAUCCUGAAAUCUAUGACAUGAAAAAGACAAAGCAUCUUUGUCUGUUUAUAGCCAUUGCUUUCGCAGCUCUUUGGAUUGCGAUUAUUCUUGGGGGUCUCCCAUUACCUUAUCCUCUUUUGAUAAUUCGGAAUAUUGGUCAUUCUCUUAUUUUAGGAGCAUUUUAUGGUAUCAUUGCUAUUUUUCUAUGGCAUGACCCUAAUCUUUUUAUAGUUCCUGUUGUGACCUUUGUGGUUUCAGUUGCAUUAGAUACUUUUAAAUUUGUCAAGGACUUUAACUCUAGUCCUUAGGUAGCUAGUAACUGUCCUAUAUAGGUAUAUAUAUAAUUUAUAUGUGUUGAGGAAUUGUAUUAAAGCAUGUAAGGCUUCUUAUUCCUUUGAAUCUAUCCAAGUAUGUAUGUUGUGUGAUUUCACGAUGAAUGUUAUAUACAGGGUUUGUUGUGUGU